GCUGUCAAAAGUAUAAAGAGGAAAAGAGAAGAAACGUCAACGAAAAUGAAAGAUUUUCGACUUUUGGGUCUCGCAUUAUUCUGCUUCACGCUAUUUUUGGACUGUGAGGGUCAAAAUGUCAAUACGGUAUCGAGUGGAUUACGUCCGAUGCAGAAGACUUCCUUCUCUUGCGCUGGACGACCCGCUGGCUACUAUGCGGAUGUGGAAACAGGAUGUCAGGUCUAUCAUAUGUGCGAUGGCCUGGGCAGACAGUUCAGUUAUACCUGUCCCAAUACGACGCUGUUCCAGCAGCGCAUGCUCAUCUGCGAUCAUUGGUAUAUGGUCAACUGCUCCAAGGCUGAGAGUAACUAUGCUGCCAAUCUGCUAAUUGGUCAACGGGACAAACCUUUUGUGAAUGAUGAGGAGAACAAUUUACGCACUCCGCGUCCAGAUCUACUCGAUCGUCCUUAUGCGCCAGACUAUGCCGGCGAGUCCUUUAGAAGCCAAUACAAGCAACUGACGCCCAGUCAAAAUCAAAUUCGUGAUGAUAGCUCGAAGGGAUCUGUCAAAUUGGAUGCACAGCUGGCGCAAAAUGGUCAAACCCGUUGGCGGAUUCCGCCACCAAGUCGCACCAUAUUGCCACCAGCCUAUGAGCCACAGAUUGAGUUGAGCAGUAGCACCACGGCCAGGCCAAGACCGAGCAUCAGCACCACCAGCAGCACCACGCGCAGACCGAGCUCAACUGUACCACCAGUUACGAAACGCACGGAGGCACUGCAUCAGCGCAAGUCAACGGUGUUUGUCUCGGAUCUGGACACAGAUGAUCUGGGCACCAGUCACAGCACGAGAUAUAAUACCUCGGCAGACUUCAACUCGAUAGAGCUGGCUACAAGAAAUGGCAAGAGGAACAGCACCACCAAGCUGGUACAGUUCGUAAAGGCGCCAUCGAAAAUCUAUGAGCCGCCAUUUGUGUAUCCCAUUUACAAUCAGGAUGAAGUGCAGCCGGCAACAGAAACAUUACGCACUUCUUCGGCGGCACCGUUCAGCACCUCCUCGAGUCAGAUUCGGUAUACAUCGGGAGCCACUGCAGCCAGCACCACCGCACGACCCGUCAGCCGACCCACAACAUUUGCUGGACAACCCUUCUCCUUUUCCUUUAGCACGCAAUCCACAACAAUGAGUCCCACAUCCAAUAGCUAUCGGCCAGCUGUGACAGAGAAUCGCACUCCAACUCCAGCGCAGAGCUUCCGUCUGGCCACGCCCACAUCGACAGUGGCGCCAAGAGUAGUUGCCCAAAAGGCAGAGUUGCCGUUCAAUGACCUAUUGCCGCCAUUUGUGGAGUUUGUGCCACAUGACAUUGCCACCACGCAGGGUCCACCGAUUUACUAUGAAUGGAAGGUGCCCGCCAAUGGCCUGGAGCCACCAAAACUGGAUCCGCCCAUUGGUGUCGAUGGUCGCGAGUACCCAGAGACCACUGGCGACUAUGGCAACAAAGGCAACAAGGGCGGCAAGCAGGAGAUCUUCAACAGCAAGCUGAAUGACAUUGCCAGUCAGAGUUUGGUUACCAAACGUCUGCCCAGUUCCCGUUCCAUUAAGGCCAAUGAGCUGCCAGUGGCUGCCACCGAGAAGGCGCAACGUCGCUCGGAUGUGGUCACCAGCUCCAGUUCCAGUUCCAGCUCGAGUUCCACAUCGACAGACAUAACACAGCUGCGCAAGCAACUGUUGAUACCGGAAUAUGCAUUUCCAUUGGAGCAAAUCGGACGCACUGGCUAUGCUCCCGGCUCAAGUGCCGCCGGAGAUUUGUACAAUUCAUUUCAGCUAAAGAUUCCAGAGCGUCGCAGUAGCAGCAGCACCAGCAGCAGCAGCAGCAGCAGCACUAGCAGCAGUAGCAGCAACAUGAGGAUCUCUGCUAAUGGUAGAUGGUUUGGCGAGAAUCCCAAGUGCCCCGAGUGCCAUCCAUCGUUUGUGCUACCCGGCACCUGCGAGCCCUGCCUGCGUAGAUAGAUUUAAGUCUAAGUUCCAUUACAACAGCAACUACUCCUAGUAUUAGACGACAUCCUAAAGCUCCGCUCACACGACAUCAUCAAUAGACACUCAUCGCAUAAGACUAACGUCUAUUUUUAUUUUUCGACCAAUUUAAACAAUUUCCGACAAAAGUGUGAGCAUGGCUUUAACAACCCCCACUUCUUCCCGCCCUCAACACAGAGGGAUGGUGCAUUUUUCAUGCAUUUAAAUGUUAAUUUUAUUGUAUAUUCACAGUAAAAAUAAUGCGCAUUAAAUAGUGUGUAAAAUUAA